AUGUCGAACGGAAAGACUUUCACAUUGAGCAACGGGGUCAAGAUCCCUGGCGUCGGUUUUGGCACCUUCGCCAGCGAAGGCUCCAAGGGUGAGACCUACGCUGCUGUUACCUGUGCCCUCCGCGCUGGAUACCGUCACCUCGACUGUGCCUGGUUCUAUCUCAAUGAGGACGAGGUCGGUGAGGGUAUCCGCGAUUUUCUCAAGGAGAAUACCUCGGUCAAGCGAGAGGACAUCUUCGUGACCACCAAGGUCUGGAACCACCUGCACCGCUACGACGAUGUCCUCUGGUCGGUGGACGACUCUCUCAAGCGUCUGGGGCUGGACUACGUGGAUCUGUAUCUCGUGCACUGGCCGAUUGCCGCCGAAAAGGACGAGCAGCGCAACCCCAAGAUUGGCCCGGAUGGGAAGUAUGUCAUCCUUAAGGAUCUGACCGAGAACCACGAGGAAACCUGGCGUGCCAUGGAGAAGCUGUACGCAGACGGCAAGGCUAAGGCCAUCGGUGUGUCCAACUGGACCAUCCCUCAGCUGCAGCAGAUGGAGAAGUUCGCCAAGGUCCAGCCGCACGUCAACCAGAUUGAGGUGCACCCCUUCCUGCCCAACGAGGAGCUGGUCCAGUACUGCUUCUCCAAGAACAUCCUGCCCGAGGCCUACUCGCCCCUGGGCUCCCAGAACCAGGUCCCCACCACUGGCGAGCGGGUCAGCGAGAACAAGACCCUGAACGAGAUUGCCGAGAAGGGCGGCAACACCCUGGCCCAGGUGCUGAUUGCCUGGGGUCUGCGUCGUGGAUAUGUUGUGCUCCCUAAGAGCUCGAACCCCAAGCGGAUCGAGUCCAACUUCAAGAGCAUUGAACUCAGCGAUGCCGACUUCGAGGCAGUCAACAAGGUUGCGGAGGGCCGUCACUUCCGCUUUGUCAACAUGAAGGACACCUUUGGCUACGAUGUCUGGCCCGAGGAGACCGCCAAGAACCUGUCUGCGUGA